AUGAAGGCCUCUUUCUCUUUGGCUGCGCUGCUGGCAGCAAGCCUGUCCCAGGCUCAGUAUCUCAUCAGUGAACUUAGUUUUGGUCACGCUGGAAGGAUAAGCCCACCCGAAGCUCGUGGACAGAUCCCCAACUUUGCUGUCCAAGGCAACCCCAACACGCCCGAGGUUCUCUCAAACCGAAUUAUCUUGACACCUCUUGCUCCUGGUAACCAACGAGGUGCUGUCUGGGGCCAGCAGCCUUUGCUUCGCAACCAAUGGAUCGCCGAUGUUGACUUCCGAGCCAACGGUCCUGAUCGUGGCCGUGGUAACCUCAACAUCUGGCUUGUUCGCAACGGUCCUGCUACGAUCGGCUCUGGAAGCAUCUACACUGUCGGAAAGUUCGACGGUUUGGCUCUGGUUAUCGAUACUUCUGGCGGUUCUAGCGGUAUGGUUCGAGGUUUCUUGAACGAUGGAAACACCGAUUACUCGAGGCAAAGCAAUGUCGAUGAGCUCUCGUUCGGCCACUGCCCUUACAACUACCGCAACCUCGGCCGUCCUUCGCAGGUCAAGCUUCGACAGACCGCCAGGACAUUCCGUGUUGAGUUGGAUGGCAACCUGUGCUUCGAGUCAGACAAGUUCAGCAUUCCCACAGGGUAUCAGUUUGGUGUCACUGCUGCUACCCCUGAUAACCCUGAUUCUUUUGAGGUCUUCAAGAUGGUUGUCAUGGCUGAUAACAGCGAUAGUGGUCCUGUUCGUGACCCUCCUAAGCAGAACCAAAACCAAAACCAGGGCCAGAACCAGAACCAGAAUCAGCGAGUUCCACCCGUCAGGGACACCUCCAACAGUAACAACAAGCGAAACGACGGCGAGUACGCAGAUGAAGAUCCCGAUAUCUUCCAGACUUCCAAGGCUCAGUUUAUGGAUCUGCACAACCGCCUCCAGAACACCAACCACCAGCUCGCCUCCCUGCAGCGCACCUCCUCACGCCACCAGCAGCAGGAUGAGAAGCGCCACGAGGAUUUGACUACCCUGAUUGGCCAGCUCCGUGCUGAUAUGCGUAAGCUCGACGAUAUCACUGCUCUGCACAGUCGUGUCUUGGAGCUCGAGAAGGAUAUCCAGGGUCUCCGAAAGGAACUCAACCGCAAGCUGCAAAACACCGAGCGUACCUUCAAGGACACGCUCUCUGACCACCAUAACUCCCUGUCAGAGACCGUCAUGGCCAAGACUCCUGGCCACCGCUUCCUUAUCUUUGUUUUCCUUGGUACACAGGGUCUUCUCGUUGCGGCUUAUGUGGUUUACAAGAAACGACGCUCAUCCAUGCCCAAGAAGUACCUGUAA